CUACUAUAUAAACGUCUCCUAGCUCAUCUCCAUCGCCGCGAAGCGCCGAGCAGUCUCCAAGAUGUCGAAGCGAGGUCGUGGAGGGUCGGCUGGGAACAAGUUCCGAAUGUCACUGGGUUUGCCGGUGGCAGCAACGGUGAACUGUGCAGAUAACACCGGUGCAAAGAACCUUUAUAUAAUAUCAGUGAAGGGGAUUAAGGGAAGGCUCAACAGGCUCCCUUCUGCCUGUGUGGGGGAUAUGGUCAUGGCCACUGUGAAGAAGGGGAAGCCUGAUUUGAGGAAGAAGGUCAUGCCUGCUGUCAUUGUGAGGCAGCGCAAGCCGUGGCGCCGAAAGGAUGGGGUCUUCAUGUAUUUUGAGGAUAAUGCCGGUGUGAUUGUGAAUCCAAAAGGAGAGAUGAAAGGCUCUGCUAUCACUGGACCGAUCGGAAAGGAGUGUGCUGACCUAUGGCCGAGGAUUGCGAGUGCAGCUAAUGCCAUUGUGUAAAACAAUUGCUGUUUCCUGAGUCUGAUUGCUGUGGCUUCAGAGUUUUACUUUGGUUGGUAAUCAACAAACUUUAAGUUGUUUCAUGGUUGUUUUUGGCAGUAGCAUAUGGACUAUGUUGCUUAGUAUUUCAGUUGUGUUUGUGCUCAGUUAAUGAUUGUGUGCUUUGUGAAUUUAUUUUGCUUUUGUUCAUUAUAUCACAGAAUCAAUUUUUUGAGUGCUUUGUAUUUUUGUUCA